AUGACCUCCAGUCACCGCGAUAGCCAGACUGAGACCGAGCAUCACAUCGGCAACCUAUUCGAGAGUGCCAAACACGCCAAAGACAAGGCCAAAGUGAAAACUAAGCAAUUGCUCUCUCCGGCUCAACCUCGAGCCGUUGCCGACGACGAAGAAGACAUCUUUGCCGAUGCAGCUUUCGACUCAGCGCAAGCCCUGAAACAAGCAUCGGAAAAGCGGCAGAGGUCAACUGGAGAAGCAAUUCGAGAUGACCUCAAGAGCGCCAAGUAUCUCGUCAUCCAUCCUAGGAGGAUAAUGAGAAGCAAAGCUACACAUGUGGCGUCUGAGAAACUCGGCAGGCAACACCCAUUGUUGACGCUUGACCAAGACCAGGACCUGCUUGAAGCCCAUGAUGCUUUCUCGCAAGCAGUGUCGAGUAAUGCGUCCGAUACCUCGGACAUUGAAAAUGUGAUCUCCGAACUGGACGAAGCGCACGGUCGCGUACAGAAAGUCGAGGAGCAGAGGGAGAGUCUACAAACAGCUUGGAUCUUGAGUCGUCACGUCUCCCGUGUCAAAGUUGUGCGUCCAGUAUCUCGUCCAGUCAAAUCACAAUUCAAAAAGGGAGAUCGCUUCGAGUGGGAGAGGUAUCUUGGCUAUAUGGCCCUCUACUAUACCCGCAACUUCACAUCAGGGUACAUUGAUGACUUCUCAUCUCCACCACUCGACCUGGAAGACCUUGCCCGCAUCAUUGAGCGCAUUGCGAUCACUUCCGCACCAUGGCAAUCAUUUCUCGUCAAAGUGCGUCACGUCUACAUGUGGAAAGACCCAAGGCGAACGGCGAAAUGGCUUGCGUUAUAUCUGGUCUUGUGGUACACCCAGUAUAUCGUGGCUUACUUCUACUUCUACGUCAUCUAUUCUACCUUACGCAACAGAUUCCGUGAAACCUCUAUACGGACGGUACGAGAGAGUGUUGGAAGAGCGAUCGAUCGCAAAGCGCGAGUCCAGGCAUGGGGUGAACUCAUUCAAAGACACGGACAGCAUGACUGGCUGGAACAGUUUCUCAACGAGAUCGGACCCAUUAUCCAACUGCAACUAGGCGACUUGGCCGACCUUCUCGAGAUUCUUGUCAAUUUCCACCGUUGGGAACGAGCGAGCCUGACCCUUGCGACCCUCUUCUUCUUCUCCUGCUGUCUGCUUAUCUCAUUGUGCGCGGAUAUGGAGUUCUGCAUGAAACUGGUUUGGUUCAUUGCAGGCGGUGCGUUCUUUUUGACAUAUCCACUCGCUACGAACUUCCCGAAGUAUAGGUUGUUGCUGUCGCACUGGAGAUGGGUGUUUUGGAACAUCCCAACACAUGCAGAGUUAGCUGUCUUAACCUUACAGGAGAAGGCAGCCUCAAAGGAGGCGAGCUUCGAGGAAUUUGAGUACAAGGAUGACGACCAGCGAGGCAUGCGACCAAAGGAGUUGAAAUCGACGUAUUCGUUCAAAGUCUACGACAGUGUCCAAGGGAAAUGUCAACUCACAGUUGGCAGGAAAUGCCUCACCAUCUCUACAAAGGACGGAUCCGAGCGCAAUUGGCCAUUCUUCUCCUUUGUCGAAAUCCGCAAGCUCGAUCCCAUCGAUGUCCAGUCCACUUCGACGCUAAAGAAUCUCAGCCACCUACAUUCCCGAUAUGCGGAGGUGUUGCAGUUCAAGUUCCUAGAUGACACAGAUCUCACAAUACUAUUACACCCUGCGGACAGAGACCGCGUGUUCAAUCUUAUUCUUGCUUGGAGCGGGCUAAAGUGGCAGUGCUUGCACGUGGAACGACACAACACUCUUGACAGCGAGAGAAGUAAUCUGGACAGGGCCAUCAAGCGGGCCUUUGUAUGA